AGGUUGGUUUCAUGUGAGGAAAUUACUCAAUUGGACUGAUAAGAUCUACAAAAGGAAGUUCAUUCACCUAAAGGCUGUGUAAAAGUGACUUCAAAAGCCUUCUGGGUACAGUCACAUCAGAAAAGCCUAGGUGUGGGUGUAUCAUGGCUCGUGGGCAGCAGAAGAUUCAGUCCCAGCAGAAAGCUGCAGAAAAGCAAGCAAAACUCAAGAAGCAGCAGGGACACAGUGCAACUGACCAGAAGAAAGCUGCUGCCAAAGCACUCACCUUCAUCUGCUCCAUGUGUAAAGCCCAAAUGCCAGAUCCCAAGACUUACAAGCAGCAUUUUGAAAACAAGCAUCCCAAGAGUGAAUUGCCAGAGGAGCUGAAGGCAGUUGCCUGACAGCACCCAGGGGAUGUUGUCUCCUGCCGCAUCCCUAUAUUCUUUGUCAUCUAUGAAAUGCCUGACCCUCAUCUUGUCAGGUGACAUUUGUACUGUCUGCCUCCCCAUUCAUGCUUUUUCAUAUUCAUCACAGUGUUCCUUCAUCUCAUUGUAAAUUGCCUGCUUGUUUGCUUUCUCAAGAGAAUCUUAUUCCAUCAGCAUCGCAGUCUUUGGUUUGUUUCUCUAGCCCUGCGCAAUAUGUAGGCUCGACUUGAAGAUCAAUUUCAGCCAUACCUUUCCUUUGGAGACAAAGUUAUGGUAGUUUUUCUGUUAUGUCAAAUUAUUCCUGUAAAGGCCAGAUUUACCCUUCAUCUGCAUAUUUUUUAUUCUUCUAGGCUUCAGACAGAUUCAUGUUCUUACAUAGGCAUAUAUUGCAUCGUAAAGCCUGUUCACUGCCAGGUAUAUCAGGACAAACAUUUCUGCUGAAAAUUUUUCAUUUUCCUGAAGCAAAAUGACAUCCUUGUUGAUUUUGUUCAUCGGCUAUUUUUUAACGCCACUGCAACAUUCUAUCUCAGGUUUGUAUGAAAGGGUCUCAUGAAGUAAGUGAUGCCAUUUGUACUGAGUAUGCAUUCCAUCAUUGCAUUGAUAUUCUUAAAGACUCAUUCAUCAAGGUUUUCCUUGGAAUUUCAAGAAUUGACAAGCAUUUACAGUAUGUCAGGCCUACAUUAGCGUCAGGUAACGAUUGGAUGCUUAUAUUUGUGGCAGAAGCCUAGUGACUGGGUUGGAUUUCUUAUACAAUCUCUUUAUCUCUUGGUACGGUAACCUAGCUCUGUGGUGUACUCAAGUGACCUGUUUGAAAAUAAAUAUGCUCUUUCCCAAUA